UUGCUUAUCCAGACGCAUGCAUUAAUUUUGUCUAUGGUUACACAUUGCCAGAAAAACAGAUAGAUAGUUUCAAGAAAAAAUCCUUUCUAUUUUUCUAUAUGGAGGACAUGAACUGAUCAGGCUGCAGUACUAACAGUUCUGUAAAGCAAUUUUGAAAUUUCUAUUUCUUUUAGUUGCCAUCAGUUACCAUACACAUUGACAGGAUACAAUCUAUUGUUCACCUAUUGUAUAAAAAAUGUCUAGGCUGUGAGAAGUACUGAAUCCUUGGUCCAUAAACUCUUACUAACUCUAUAUCUCAACUUGAAAAUUCAGAUAUAUUGAGUGUUUUUUAUACAAUUUAUAUUUCUUUAACACUGCUUUUUCUUUAUAGUAAUAAGCUUACUUUGAACAUAAUUCUAUUAUGUUUGUUUUAGCAAUGAUUCAGUUUUUUAAAUUAUUGAUAUUGUGUUCUAAGAUAUUUCUUGUGGUUCGUCAGAUCAGAACAUUAAUGUUCUAUCAAAUAUGUCAAUUCUAUCAAUUGUUAAUUAACUUAAUUACUGAUAAUUUAAUAAAACUGAGAUGUAGCUUGCAUGUUUUAUGAAUUCUGAUAAGCUCAUUAGGUGAAAAAAGUUGAGUGACAUUCUGAGAAAUAAUGUUCUUGUACAAGUACUUGAACAUUUGUUGUAUAACAUUGAACUGAGAUUUAGAAAAUAUAAUAAGGAAUAAGUUAUACACAAUUAUAUUAUAUUCAUUUUUUAUUGAUUAUAACUGUGGAUGUUACUUUACCUUGAAACUAUAGAUAUCAUUUUUACUAAACAAAAUUGAAAACUGAGUAUGCAUGUUUGUUUCAAUGCUUUGCAUAAAUCAUAUGAAAUAUGAAGAACAUAACGCAAAGUACAGCAGUUCUAAGGGUGGAUAUUCCUCUUCAACUACAUCAUCGGAUAAUCGCUACGAAGGACGUAUGCGUGAUUCUCCAAAUGGUAACUCUUACAGUCCAGCUGGCAGCUUGGGAAUGGGCAUGGGAACCGAUCGGGAUAGCCCUCGCAAUUAUACAUCUAAACCCCUUUACAAGAAGGAGAGAGAAAAUAGAGACUAUAAAUUAUCCUCUUCUAGAGACAAGUAUUCCGAUUGUGCACGAUCUCCAAAAGACAAGAGAAGCCGCGAGAGCAGGGACUCAGAACACAGGACCAACCAUGAUAGGAGUAGUGGAGAGAUUCUACAUCCCAUAAAAAUAUCGUCCAAUUCAUCAAGAGAAUCUUCAUCUCAGAGAAAACCAUCACACAAUUCUUGUCAGGAUAAACGUGGUGAUGAACGAGGAAGUACAAUGGAACGUACAGCCAGGUUUGGCGACUGGUCGGAACACAUGAGUUCGUCAGGAAAAAAAUAUUAUUACAACUGCAAAACGGAAGUGUCUCAGUGGGAAAAGCCCCGAGAGUGGAUUACUCGGGCAGAUAAUCGUCAACGCCAGUCUAGUGACUAUUCUUCUAGGUCAAGUCAUGAUAAACAUUCCAACUCGCGAUCAAAUAGCAGUAGCAGUAUGCGAGAUGGUAAAUCGUCGCGACAAUCUGACAAACGGGAAUACUGGAGUUCGUGUGGCGGAAGCAGUGGUAGUAGAGAAGAUGUUUCUGUGAGAGAGAGAGAACGGGAAAAGGAACGUGAACGGGAGCGGGAACGGGAACGGGAAAGAGAAUCAUGUAGAGAAGAAACAAGCGUGGAACGUCAAGCUCAAGAUAUGGACAUCUCGCCGGGCGAUUCCACACCAACUUCGGAACCUUUGACGUCGUCCGCUCACGAUCCACUGCCACAGGGUCCAGUCCUCUUAGCCACUGGUACGUUCUUUGCCGAUCGUGUGCAAGCAUUGCCCCGGUUAGCAUCACAUCCACCAUCAACGACAUCGCAGACAACUGGAAAACUUAGUUCACCUACACAACAACAGGGAAGUAGCAACGCGCCAGGACCACCAGUGUCACUGGCUAAUCUUCCAAAAUUAUUGUCACAAAUUACAGGCAACAAAGAACAACCUGACAUCACACCGCAGAAAGCGUUACAGACAAUUCAAACAGCUAUCUUAUUAUCCAGACAACAAUCUGUUAGUGGAGAUCGAAGUAGUAGUGGAAAUGAUGUGAUGGUUCCGUUAAAAGUUGAUACAAGUGGCAAUGUUACCAGCGAAGGUCCACCAACUCCCACACAUUCUGAAACCCAGGAUUGUAUUGAUGCGCGAAGACUAAGUCCUGGAGGAACGAAUUCUGGAGUGCAAGGUCUGAGUUCGUUACAAAGUCUCAGUACAUUAGGAUCUCUUGGAAACUUGAGCAAUGCGGGAGGUUUACAAGCAUUGUCUAGAGUACAACCUCCUUUAACACCUUCUUUAACACCAUCACUUGCUAAUCAUUAUCGAGAAGAUUUAACUCAACAUGUACGUGCAUUUCCUGCUGAUAUUCUCGAAAAACAGGCACAAAAACUUAGUGAGGAAGCACACACAAUGGGCAGUUUGCAGUGUACGAGAGUGUCUGCAGAAUUAAAAACAGCUCGAUCGAUAGUGAGGCUGACAGAAAUCCAGGCAACAUUACAGGAACAAAGGAUAUUAUUUCUCCGUCAACAAAUUCAAACGCUGGAGGAGUUAAAAUCCCAAAAUUCCUUUAUGUCUGACGAUUCUUAGUCUCUCUAAGAAUCUUUAUAAAAUAAUUAUAAUUACAAUCUAUAAUUAAUUCAGCGAAAAAAAUAAAACAUGAUUAUUAAUAUUCUCAUUAAUAUUGAAUAACUAAGAUUGUACCUAAAUUAUAAUAUCAUAGAAGUGAUAUAUUAGCAAAUAAAUAUGGGCUGCUCAGAGAGGCCCGGUUGUUCCAUUUAUCAACCAAUGAAUCCUUAAUACAUUUAAUAUUAAGCUAAUUCACAGCACCUCUCUGAGAAGCACAACAGGCCUAUCCAAGUCGCAACACUAAGUAAAUAGAAAAAGAAAAAUCGAUUUUAUCAGUUCAAUGCAGACUACUGAAUUGUCUACAUCGUGUAUUUACCUAUGUUAUACGUGUCAAUGUUUCAUAUCCCAAGAUUAAAUGGCAUUUUAACUAGUUAAAAGAUUUUUGUUGUAAAUCUCGGAAUAAAAUUCGUGCCAGAAGUUUUAAUACAAUUCUUUAUCGCCAUAGUCAUCACUUACCUAAUUUCCCAAAAUCUUAUCAAGAAUGACUUGAAAAACUUGUACAAGUUAAAAAAUAUACACAUAUAUUUAAAUAGAGAAGAAAAAGUGUGAAAUUAUACUGUAUGUUUUAUAUUCAAAUUAAUUUCAAUCUCGAAUUAUUUUAUGUAGUUUCUUGACAUUGUAUAAUAUCGCAGAUGUUGAUAAUAUUGUUAUACGUGUUCUCUUUACAUCAUGUAAGUAAAAAGUAUAACAAAAAAUGAAACUUUUUUUUAGACUAACACUUAAAUAUAGCUACUUUUUAAUUUCUAUAUAAAUGUGUAAAUAGUUGAAGUAGAUCAAGUAUUAUUUGGUAAACCUCUAUGCAUGACAAAUUUCUUAAUAGCAAGAAAUUAUUGUAUCGAAAACUGUAGAUUUAAAAUAAAAAUACACGCAUUUUUUACAUUAUAAAUUUAGACAGCUUUUUUACCUUAUUUGUAAUUUCCUGUACAAUACUGUGUCAAAAAGGAAGGAAAGGCUGUUAUAAUGUUAUCCUGUUAAUCUGUUUAGUAAAUGUACUAUGCAAAGAUGUAAUACUGCGUAUGC